GGUGCCUAGGACAUGAUGAAGGCACAAGGCAGCUGGAGGAAGGCAAGAGAGACAAUGGGAGAAACGGGGGACAAGUAGGACAACACUCAAGGCAAACAAACCUAGAAGAGUAAGGCAAAGCCUCCAGCUGAAGCUCAUAGGAGGAAUCAGAAGCAGAAGCCAUGGCUCCCAAAGCAAAGGCACCAGCCAAGCCAGCACCGGGCAAGCCAGCACCGGGCAAGCCAGACCCAGCCAAGCCAGACCCAGCCAAGCCAGACCCGGCCAAGCCAGACCCAGCCAAGCCAGACCCGGCCAAGCCAGACGCAAAAGCACCUAAACCUGGGGAGGACAAAGAUCAAUAUGCUGACUUCCCUUUCAAUAUUGCUACUCGCAGGACCAUGUGGUGCAUUCUUGGUUUCAUUGCUCUCAUCGGCAUUAUCUUCUUGGCCAUCGUCGUCCACUUCUAUUUAAUGUGGAAGACAACCGAAAAGCUCCCCAUUGAAGACCCUAUGAGAAAUCUGAGGCGUACCAUGGCGACUGGACUCAGAAAUAGGAAUGUCAACUAUGAAAACUAUGUCAAGGCCGCAAAUGAAGUUCAAAGGUUGCCAGAGCACAUAGAUAAGAAUGAUAAGGAAUUAAAGGAAAAGAAGCAAAAGUAUAACACCUUAUACACCAAAGUGACCAAGACUGCAAAUGGUUGGGACAUCUUAGGGAACAACAUCUACUAUGUUUCUGAAAGCAAAAAGUCCUGGUUUGAUGCUGAGAACUUCUGCCAGUCCAGAGACUCCCACUUGGCCUCCAUCCUGACCAACGAGGAACAGAACUUCAUUGCUGCUCACAUUGCGGACUCUUUCUGGAUUGGCCUCACCGACGAAAAUGUGGAAGGCAACUGGGAAUGGUCAGAUGGCUCUGAAGUGAUGACAGAGUACUGGGCUCGCUGCAAGAAGAACUUCUCCAGGGGCCACGAAGCGGCAGAGAAAGACUGCGUCUUCAUAGAUUAUUCCCCUGGCAACUUGCUCUAUUCCUGGAAAGAUGCUAACUGCCACAACCUCAAAAGAUGGGUUUGUAAGGAAGCUAUAACAGUCCUAAAUGAUAAAUUCAACCAAGUUUUCUGAAAUGGUAUGAGAGGAGAAGUCAUGGAAUGCUGCAGAUUUCAAUCUCAAGCUUUAAGGAAGACCUGGGACUCAUGGAUUAAACAUGGUCUGUGCAAAAUCCA